AUGACCACCCAAACCUCCUCGGCUUUGCCUCCUCCUUCGACCCCUCCACCGAAAUAUGAGGUGUUCCUGAGUUUUAGAGGUCUGGACACUCGAAAAGGUUUUACUGACUAUUUGUACAACACCUUAAUGCAGAAAGGAAUCCACACUUUCAGAGAUGAUGAACAACUCGACAGUGGAGAACCCAUUUCAACGGCACUCUUGAAAGCAAUUGAAGAAUCGCAAAUUUCAGUCGUCAUUCUUUCAAAAAACUAUGCAACCUCCACAUGGUGUCUGGAUGAACUUGCCACUGUGGUUGAACUUGCAGCAAACACCAAGACCAGGCUGAUUUUGCCUGUCUUCUACGACGUGACGCCAUCCGAAGUAAGAGAACAAACUGGAGAACAUUUUAAAGAGGCGUUUGCUCAACAUGAUAAAGAUUUCGAAGGCGAGCCAGGAAAGGUGACAAGGUGGAAGGAAUCUCUCACUAAAAUAGCCAACCGCUCAGGAUUUGAUGUAAGAAGUUUUAGAUACGAGACAGAAGUGACUGAAAAGAUAGUUAAAUGGAUUUUGGGUAAACUGAAUACAUGUCACACAUUCUCAGAUGAUUUAAAGGAUUUUGUUGGUAUUAAUCGUGUAAAUGAAAUUAAAUCCAACAUGAGUCCGUGUCUGGAAGAAGUUCGAGUAAUAGGGAUUUGUGGGAUGCCAGGGAUUGGUAAGAGUACCAUUGCAAAAGCUCUUCUUCAGAGUAUUCGCAAUCAAUUCGAAGCUUUCAGUUUCAUUUCUAAGAUUGGAGAGAUAUCUAGAAAAGAAAGCUUAUUCCAUAUCAAAGAACAACUUUGUGAUCACUUGCUGAAUAACAGAGAAACUACAAAGAAUGUCGAUGAUGUGAUAUGUAAGAGAUUUCGCUGCAAACGGGUGCUUAUAAUUCUUGACAACGUGGAUGCGUUAGAACAAAUAAAAGCUGUAGCUGGAAGUGAUGAUGAAGAAUUAUCUAAUCGGUUUGGUAAGGGUAGUAGAAUCAUCAUAACCACAACAGAUGAUAGGCUGUUGAUAGAUUAUAAUCCAGAAAUACACAGGAUUGAGAAACUUACUCAAGAUGAAUCUCUUCUUCUCUUCUGCCGGAAAGCCUUCAAAAAAGACCAUCCUACAGAUGGUUUUGAGGACUUGUCUGAUGAAUUUGUAGAUUACAUUGAUGGUCUUCCUUUGGCUCUUGAAGUUUUGGGUUCCUCCUUAUGGAAAAGAAGUGUGGAAGAAUGGUCUAGUACAUUAGCUUCUUUAAAAGAUAAUAAUUAUUCUGGUGAAGAAAAAAUUAUUGAUAUUCUUAAAGUAAGUUUUGAUGGAUUAAAGAAUCCAGCACAGCAGGAAAUCUUUUUGGACACUGCAUGUUUCUUCAGAGGAGAGGAUGCAUGUCGUAUAAAAAAGAUAUUUGAAAGCUGUGGCUACCAUCCAGGAAGCAAUAUAAACAUCCUCUGUGAGAAAUAUUUAUUAAGCAUCGUUGGAGGAAAAUUGUGGAUGCAUGAUUUACUACAACAAAUGGGCAGAGAAAUUGUUCGGAGAGAAUCCAAAAAGCAAGGAGAACGCAGCAGAUUGUGGCAUCAUACAGAUGUGCUUCCUGUACUAAAGAAAAAUAAGGGGACAGAUGCUGUUAAAGGUAUUUUCCUAACCUCGCCUAAGCCACAGAAAGUGCACUUGAAGGAAGACCCAUUCUCAAACUUGGACAGUCUAAGAUUGUUGAAGAUUCACAAUGUGAAAUUUGCGGAAUGCCUUGAAUAUCUUUCAGAUGAGUUAAGCUUCUUGGAAUGGCACAAAUAUCCUUUAAAAUCUCUGCCUUCAAGUUUUGAACCCCAUAAACUUGUUGAACUGAACUUGUGCGAAAGCGAAAUAGAGCAAUUAUGGGAGGAAGUUGAAAGGCCUUUGAAAAAGUUGGUGAUACUCAACCUUAGUGAUUGUGAAAAGUUCAUCAAGGCCCCUGACUUUAACAAAGUCCCAAACCUUGAGCAGCUAAUCCUGAAAGGUUGUACAAGCUUGUCUGAGGUUCCCGUCAGUAUCAACUUGAGAUCUCUCACAAAUUUCAUUCUUUCGGGAUGUUCCAAACUCGGCAAGCUUCCAGAGAUUGGGGAAGACAUGAAACAAUUAAGGGAACUUCAUUUAGAUGGAACAGCUAUAGAAGAGCUACCAACAUCAAUCAAGCAUUUGAAUGGCCUUACUUUGCUCAAUCUCAGAGACUGCAAGAACCUAUUGAGUCUGCCAGACAUCAUUUGUACUAGUUUGACAACACUUCAAAUUCUCAACCUCUUGGGGUGUUCCAAUCUUAAUGAGUUACCAGAGAACUUGGGGAGUUUAGAAUGUUUACAGGAGCUCAAUGCUAGUGGGACAGCUAUACGAGAGCUACCAACAUCAAUCAGACAUUUGACCGGCCUUACCCUAUUCAAUCUCAAAGAUUGCACCAACCUUUUGGUUUUUCCAGAUGUCCUUUGUACUAGUUUGACAUCACUUCAAAUUCUCAACCUCUCAGGCUGUUCGAAUCUUAACGAGUUACCAGAGAACUUGGGGAGUUUAGCUUUUUUACAGGAGCUUGAUGCUAGCGGGACGGCUAUAAGCCAAGUACCUGAAAGCAUCUCUAAAAUUUCUCAGCUGGGAGAAGUUUUCUUGGAUGAUUGUAGCAAGCUUCAGUCAUUGCCAAGAUUUCCAUUCAGUAUAAGAGCUGUAAAUGCACAUAAUUGUCCUCUCCUGCAAUCAAAUAAAAUAACGGUGUGGCCGUCAGCUGCUGCCGGAUUCAGUUAUAUAAAUUGCCACAGUGAUAAAUACAAAGCUCAUGCAAUUUGGUUACCAGAUCAACAUCUUAUGUUGCCAUUCUAUCAAAUAUUCUUUGAGCGCAUAAUUCGUCACGGUGAUAGCUUGGAACUUGGUUAUCGAUCAAAUAAUAUUCCAGAAUGGUUGAGCCGUCGUAGUAUUGAAUCCACCAUAACAAUAUUGCUACCUCCUGAUUUAGAUGGGAAGAGGAAAUGGAUGGGACUUGCUCUUUGUUUUGUUUGCGUAGCAGCCCGGAAGUAUGAUAAUUUGGAAGAUGAACCACACGUUGAUGAGGAAUUUGGAGUAAAGUUCAAUCGCAAUCACCGUAUUGAACUAUGUACAACUGAAGAUCCUCAUGAAUGUCCCCUAGUAAUCAAUUACCGUGAUUGCGAUCUAGCUGGACCUUUUAUACAUUGGUGCUAUAUACCACGACGUUGUUUUGCGGAAAGUUCGAAUACACGAUUCAUUUCAGCUUCAAUUAAACCUGAUAGCCUAGGCGUAAAGGUGACAGCGUGUGGGAUGAGUCUAAUAUACUUGGCAGAUGUGCCUGAAUUUGUCCGGAAAUUGAAUAAACACCAUGAAUAUUGCUAUCACGGAAAUCAGAUUAAACAAGAAACUACUACAACCCGGAUUGUAGGUCAAUUGAGAAGAAACGAGGUGUCAUUGCUUGGAAAACUAUUUGAGGUACCAUAUGUCUCCCGGACUGUAGGUCAAUUGAGAAGAAACGUGGUGUCAUUGCUUGGAAAACUAUUUGAGGGAUUACAGCGGGGCCUUCCUCAUCUCUAUGAUUAUGGUUUUAUUUUUCCUCUACGAGAAAGAUUACAGUGGUUUAGUGAACAAAGCAGUGCCCCUGGGUGCGAAGUAAACUUACCUCUUCCUCCAAAUCUGCACAACGAUGACAACUGGGCAGGACUUUCUCUAUACCUUGUCUGCACUCUGCCUCCAGGUGUUUCACGUACUCGCACUUUCUAUGAGUGUCAUUUCUAUACACCUAUUGAAGGUGUGGGUCACCAACUGAUGCAUCGCCUAAUGUUAUAUUCCCCCUGGGAUGACAAUGCGGGGUCUCAUCGACUCCUCAUUAUUCAUAUACCACGAGUACGCUUUGCAGAACGAUUGAAUCGCUGCCGUUUCAUUCAUGCUUUGGUUCGAACUCCAGGUGUGGAAAUGUGUGGGAUGCGUCUCGUAUACAACCAAGAUGUGAAAGGCUUAAUCCAAACAAUUAGCCAUUGCACCACCGAUCAGUCUGCUUACUACGGAACUGGUGAUUUCACAGAUACCAAGAAAUAUAAGGGAAUUAGUUUGGGAGCUACAAGUUUGCUAACGAAUCUGCUUCAAGCAGCCAACUCCAGCCUGCACAGCUCUGUGAGCGAUGUUUGUCCUCCUUUCCAGCCUAUAGAUUUCAGACCAAAAACUGAUUCUGCUGUGGGCUCUCAACAUGAAAGUAAAACAGUACCAGUUUCUCAGGAUGAAACAGAACAAGAAGAAGAUGGUGUGGGAAGUAUUUUGUCAGCAAGCGGUGUUCAAACUGAACAAGAAGUACAAGAACAAGAAUAUACCACUUCAACCGGAAUUGUGGAUCAAUUGAGAAGAAACCUGGUGUCAUUACUUGAAAAACUGUUUAAGGGAUUACAAAGGGGCCUUCCGCAUAUCUAUGAUUAUGGUUUCAUUUUUUGUGUACGAGAAAGAUUACAGUGGUUUAGUGAACAAAGCGGCGCGCCUGGGUGCACAGUAAACUUACCUCUUCCUCUAAAUCUGCACAAUGACGAGAACUGGGCAGGACUUUCGUUAUACGUUGUCUACACUCUACCUUCAGAUGUUGAACUUUCUCGCAUAGUCUAUGAGUGUCAUUUGUGUACACCUAUUGAAGCUGUGGGUCCUGAACAAAUGAUAAAUCGUUUGGAGUUACGAUCUCAUUGGGAUGACAAUGUGGGAUCACAUCGACUCCUCAUUAUUCAUGUUCCACGAGUACGCUUUCCAGAACGUUUGAAUCGGUGUCAUUUUGUUCAAGCUUUAUUUGGAUGCAAAACUCCAGGUGUGGAGGUUGAAAUGUGUGGGAUGCGCCUAGUAUACAACCAAGAUUUCAAAGGGUUCAUCGAAACAAUUAGUCAUUGCACCACUGCAGCAGAUCGGCCUGUUUACUACGGAACUGGUGAUUUUCCAUAUAACAAGAAAUAUAAUGGAAGUGUGGGAGCUACAAGUUUGCUGUCGAAUCUUGUUGGAGACGCCGAAUACACCCAGCAUAGCCCUGUGAAAGAUGUUUGUCCUCCUUUCAAGCCUUUAGAUGUGCAAUCAGAAAUUCAUUCUGUUGAGAAGCAUAGAUCUAGAAUAUUGUUAUAUGCUGAUCAAAUGACAAAAAAGUUAUGGUCAUGGUAA